AUGGAGUCUAAUCAGCUGUUUGUCGAAAUGUCGAAAAAUGACAACCCAACGAGGUCAUUGAAGGUCUCCUCUUCUCGGGCAUUUCCCAUGCAUCGGCUGGAGGCUGAACUAGCCGGGUCUACCGAAAACUGGCUCCCCAUUUCACCUCCAAGUCUGUCACAUCUUCUCCGAGGACAUGCCGUCAUGCUUGCAGUGCUGUCGGGCCUGUUCUACACUGAUGGUCACCGGUUAAUUAUGCACUUCCAAGGUGAUAUAAAAGAGCUACAAGUCGACAAGAUUGCAAAUGACACGCGCAGAGCGGACGCAACUCACCUCGGACAAGAGAGCAACUACUGA